UUUGAGUUGAUUUGUUUGUUGGAUGAUUGGCUGGUUGGUUGUUGGUUGAUUGGUUGGUCUGAUUCCUCGGUCAAUAGGUUGAUUGAUUGGUUGUUUGCUUGGUUGGUUGGUCGCCAGACUCCUCAGUUGAUUGCUUUUUGGUUCAACUCCUCGGUAGGAAAUGGUUCACCAAAAAAUGGUAAUUCACGUGACAAGGAACACACUCGUGAGAAGAAACGGUUCUAUAAUCUUAAGGCGGCUAAACAUGAUGGGAACGAUUAG